AUGCUAACGAACGUGUUAGAUGUUCUAUUACUCGGUCCUGCGGAUCUCUCGAUGGCACAUGGAUACCCUAUUCCGAACCCUGAUCCUCAUCCAGAGGUAGAGAAGCUCAUUCAACGUGUGAAAGACGCUGCACAUGUUGCUGGGAAGAAAUGUUUCAUGUACGUCAAUACUGGGGAACAAGCUGCUCAAAGGGCGAAGGAAGGAUUCGACAUGAUAAGUUUGUCAAACGAUGCCGCCAUGCUCCAGCUAGGUCUCCAAAGCCAACUCGCUGACGCUAUUCGUCUAUCCCGAUGA